AUGGAGACCGGUGCCGCUCCACACCCUCUGCGCCUGCUCGUCUGUCUGAUGCCACUCUGUCUCGCGCUGCUUUUGGGACCUGGGCGGCCUGGGACCGCCGAGGAAGUUGUCCUCCUUGAUUCCAAAGCCUCUCAAGCUGAGCUGGGCUGGACUGCACUGCCGAGUAAUGGGUGGGAGGAGAUAAGCGGCGUGGACGAACACGACCGUCCCAUCCGCACGUACCAAGUGUGCAACGUGCUGGAGCCCAACCAGGACAACUGGCUGCAGACCGGCUGGAUUGGCCGCGGCCGCGGGCAGCGCAUCUUCGUGGAGCUACAGUUCACGCUGCGAGACUGCAGCAGCAUCCCCGGCGCCGCGGGCACCUGCAAGGAGACCUUCAACGUCUACUAUCUGGAGAGCGAGGCCGACGCAGGCCGAGGGCGUCCCCGCCUCGGCGGCAGCCGGCCCCACAAGAUCGACACGAUCGCGGCGGACGAGAGCUUCACGCAGGGCGACCUGGGCGAGCGCAAGAUGAAGCUGAACACAGAGGUGCGCGAGAUCGGCCCGCUCAACGGGCGGGGUUUCCACCUGGCCUUCCAGGACGUGGGCGCAUGCGUGGCGCUGGUCUCGGUGCGCGUCUACUACAAGCAGUGCCGCGCCACCGUGCGGGGCCUGGCGGCGUUCCCGGCCACCGCGGCCGAGAGCGCCUUCUCCACGCUGGUGGAAGUGACCGGGACGUGCGUGGCGCACUCGGAAGGGGAGCCCGGCAGCCCCCCGCGCAUGCACUGCGGCGCCGAUGGCGAGUGGCUGGUGCCCGUGGGCCGCUGCAGCUGCAGUGCCGGAUUCCAGGAGCGAGGCGACAUCUGUGAAGCCUGUCCCCCAGGGUUUUACAAGGUGUCCCCGCGGCGGCCGCUCUGCUCACCCUGCCCCGAGCACAGCCGGGCCCUGGAGAACGCCUCCACCUUCUGCGUGUGCCAGGACAGCUAUGCGCGCUCGCCCACCGACCCGCCCUCGGCCUCCUGCACCCGGCCGCCGUCGGCGCCGAGGGACCUGCAGUACAGCCUGAGCCGCUCGCCGCUGGCGCUGCGGCUGCGCUGGCUGCCGCCGGCCGACUCGGGCGGCCGCUCGGACGUCACGUACUCGCUGCUGUGCCUGCGCUGCGGCCGCGACGGCCCCGCGGGCGCGUGCGAGCCGUGCGGGCCGCGCGUGGCCUUCGUGCCGCGCCAGGCCGGACUGCGCGAGCGCGCGGCCACGCUGCUGCACCUGCGGCCCGGCGCGCGCUACACCGUGCGCGUGGCCGCGCUCAACGGCGUCUCGGGCCCAGCGGCCGCCGCGGGAGCCACCUACGCGCAGGUCACCGUCUCCACCGGGCCCGGGGCACCCUGGGAGGAGGAUGAGAUCCGCAGGGAGCGAGUGGAGCCCCAGAGCGUUUCCCUGUCGUGGCGGGAGCCCAUCCCUGCGGGAGCCCCAGGGGCCAACGGCACGGAGUAUGAGAUCCGCUACUACGAGAAGGGUCAGAAUGAGCAGGCUUACUCCACGGUGAAGACAGGGGCGCCCGCGGUCACCGUCACCAACCUGAAGCCGGCUACCCGCUACGUUUUUCAGAUCCGGGCGGCUUCCCCGGGGCCCUCCUGGGAGGCCCAGAGCUUCAACCCCAGCAUUGAAGUGCAGACCCCUGGGGAAGUUGCCUCAGGGCCCAGGGACCAGAGCCCAGCAGUUGUUGUCACCGUGGUGACCAUCUCAGCCCUCCUUGUCCUGGGCUCCGUGAUGAGCGUGCUGGCCGUUUGGAGGAGGCCCUGCAGCUCCGGCAAAGGCGGCGCCGACGCCCACGACGAGGAGGAGCUGUACUUCCACUUCAAAGUCCCAACACGUCGCACGUUCCUGGAUCCCCAGAGCUGCGGGGACCCGCUGCAGGCGGUGCAUCUGUUCGCCAAGGAGCUGGAUGCGAAAAGCGUCACGCUGGAGCGGAGCCUCGGAGCAGGGCGGUUUGGGGAGCUGUGCUGUGGCUGCCUGCAGCUGCCGGGCCGCCAGGCGCUGCCCGUGGCCGUGCACACGCUGAGGGAAGGCAGCUCGGACUCGCAGCGGCUCAGCUUCCUGGCGGAGGCCCUCACGCUGGGCCAGUUCGACCACAGCCACAUCGUGCGGCUGGAGGGCGUUGUCACCCGGGGAAGUCCCUUGAUGAUUGUCACCGAGUACAUGAGCCACGGGGCCCUGGAUGACUUCCUCAGGCAACACGAGGGGCAGCUGGUGGCAGGGCAGCUGAUGGGGUUGCUGCCAGGCCUGGCGUCAGCCAUGAAGUAUCUGUCGGAGAUGGGCUACGUUCACCGGGGCCUGGCGGCCCGCCGCGUGCUGGUCAGCCCCGGCCUCCUGUGUAAGAUCUCCGGCUUCGGGCGGGGUCCCCGGGACCGAGCGGAGGCUGUGUACACCACCAUGAGUGGCCGGAGCCCAGCGCUGUGGGCCGCCCCAGAGACGCUCCAGUUUGGCCACUUCAGCUCUGCCAGUGACGUGUGGAGCUUCGGUGUCGUCAUGUGGGAGGUGAUGGCCUUUGGGGAGCGACCCUACUGGGACAUGUCUGGCCAAGACGUGAUCAAGGCUGUGGAGGAUGGCUUCCGGCUGCCACCCCCCAGGAACUGCCCCUCUGCACUGCACCAACUCAUGCUUGACUGCUGGCAGAAGGACCCCGGCGAGCGGCCCAGGUUCUCCCAGAUCCACAGCCUCCUGAGCAGGAUGGGGCAGGACCCUGAACCCCCGAAGGGUGCCGCAGCCCCCUGUGCCAGGCCUCCCACCCCCUUGGCCGACCGUGCCUUCUCCACCUUCCCCUCCUUCGGCUCCGUGGGUGCGUGGCUGGAGGCCCUGGACCUGUGCCGUUACAAGGACAGCUUCACUGCCGCUGGCUAUGGGAGCCUGGAGGCCGUGGCCGAGAUGACUGCCCAGGACCUGACGAGCCUGGGCAUCUCUUCGGCCGAACAUCGAGAGGCCCUCCUCAGCGGGAUCAGCACCCUGCGGGCCCGAGUCCUGCAGCUGCAGGGCCAGGGGGUGCAGGUGUGA